CCGGCUCAGUAUAUGAUAAGUAUAAAGACUUUAUUCAUGUAUCUAAUGCUUUAAAAGUGACAACAUCUUCUUUUAUCUCAAUAUUUAAUCUAACAGUGAAUUUAUUUAAUAUCACACGUUAAAAAGUAUGUCUGCGAAUUAUACUUGUAAUCAAUUCGAUAAAGCAUACAAACCCACAAGAUUAGGAAAUUGGGAAGUUCCUAAAUGGCAUUUAAAUCGACCGAAAGGUCGUUCGACUGUCACGAAAGUCAUUGCGAACGACAAAGGACAUUUGUUACCCGGAGUUCAUAAAACCGAUCAAAAACAUUGGGCGGGUCUUUACUUAGGAACAUAUCAGUUACCGAAACGAAUUUCGAAAGAAAACGCAAUAGAAUUAUCCAAUCCGAAGUGUGAGACCUGGAUGAAACGUUCUUAUCACCAUCCAUUUAUCGACCACGGCCAACGAAAUAAAAACGAAAACCAUAAACUCGAAAAGAUAAAUAACAAGGAUAAAUCUAUGAAGAACGAAGAUACAGAUAGAGAUUCAAUAAAAUCAGCGGUUUCAAAUGUGCCAGUUAAAAGUUCAGCGGUCGAAACCAUCCAGAAUUGCACGUCGGCGAACGAUGACAACGACAGCGGCAGCGGAGUGGCGAAAGAUGGGGUUGGAAGAGCAGGCGGUGUGGCGCCCGCGAGAACGCCGUCGAGUCCUGCGCUUAGCCGCAUAAGCGCGGGCGACGACGAUGGUAACGAAAACAAAAACGACGUUAACGAACGAGAAGAACCGGUGGCCGAGAGAUCGGAACCACCGGGCCGCCGGUACGGGGACGUGCACAAGCACCACGGGCUGCCGGACACUAUCGAGGACGCGGUGUACCGGUCGCUGCAGACGAAGCGGCACAAACACCCGGGACUGGGGCUGAACGGCUGUUGGCCCAAGUGUUCCGCGGUGGCGUACAAAUCGUUCAACGAUCCGGGGCCGACGCAGUGCAGCAAGCUGCGGGUGUACCGACCCAAGACGUCGUUGUCGGACUGUGAGAACAAGGGAUCCACGAGGCGACGUUCGGGCGGCGGCGGAACGGAGCCGCGACCAAAGACGUGCGGUUCCGUCAUGACGGUCGACCAAUUGACCGACAUAAAGCUGGCCCUGUGUUGGGACCUGGACGCGCCGUUCGACCGGGACCGGCCGCCCGACGAGCCAGCCGUAUUCCACAAGGUUCGGCAACAGCGGCCGCCGUGCGGAGGAGGAAUAGACGGCGGUGGCCGAAAACUGCAAAACUCUUCGGCCGUCAUGGGUUUCGUCGGAAAUGGUAACGACGUGGUCGACUCGAGCGACGUGGUGCCGGAAGCGCGGCGCAUGCAGUCUCGUGAGUGUCUGCUGAAAAAUCGUAACCUAUCGGCCGUCAUGGAACUGAUACCGAACAAAGACCGACCAGUGGACGAUGGAGGCCACAGAUCGGUGCCCGAGACCGCCGAGCGAAACGAUGACGUCCCGGCGGCCGAGGUGGACCAAAUCGUUCCGGACAAACCUUCAUCGUCCUCGUCGACUGUUCGUCAUCGUAGCAGUAAAGACCUUGGUACCGGCCGGGACGAGGGGAAGUCGAACGGCGAUCGGGACGUGACGAACAACGAUGACGGAAAACAUCACGACGAUGACGACAACGGCAGGGGCGGUUCGGAGGACACGCGACCAACGCGUAGACGAAGAAUUUCUCCGACGGCCGGUCAUUCGUCUGGACGUCCACGUCAUCGCAGCCGUCAUCAUCAGGACGCGGAAAGGGAGAUGGUGAUGAAGAACCACCAACGGCGUAGAAACGCUUGCCGGCCGUGUUUGGCAUGCGACGAUCCGACCGUGGUGGCCGCGGCCAACGGUCAGAAGGAUCACGAUGAGUGUCACCACUACAAGAUGGCGUUUAAGGCUGGCGUGCCGGUCAGCACACCGGUCAAAUGCCGCGCGGCCGCUGCCAGCAAACCGGGUAAAUACCUAAAGGUGCCCAAACCAAAGACCACCAACUCGGACAAGAAGAAGUAUGUCAUUGGUACGCUGCUACCUCCGUUCUCCAUGUGGCCCGGCACCACUGCCCGGGACUACCCGGAACACUGGAGGUUGACGUCCGUAUACCGACAAGCGUUCAAACCACUGGAACUGCGCAAACAGCCUCUUCUGCAAACGAUUUACUUGUAAAGAUCACGAGAUCACUGCGAUCGAUCGCGCUUUCGUAUAUAUAUACAUACGUA